GUUAGACUCUUUGUUUGCUAUUGAGUGGAAAUUAUAGUUUGUCUAAAAUGUCGGACGAAUCAGAUAUCGAGAUGCAUUCAGCCUUACCGAAAAAGAAGACGAAGAAUCCCCCAAAGAGUCCAACGCAAGAAAUGCUACCGAAGAGCCAGGAUAACAAGAAACCGAGCACGAAAGAAAUGAUCACCCAGGCUUUGACGGAAAUGAAAAGCAGAAAGGGCAUCAGUUUGUAUGCCAUAAAGAAAUAUAUCGAAGAGAAAUAUCGAGUGGACGUAGAAAAAUUCAACUAUUUGAUAAAGAAGUCGUUGAAGGACGGUGUGGAGGGAGGCUCCAUCGUGCAGACGAAGGGCAUGGGCGCGUCCGGAUCUUUCAGACUCGCCGCUAAAGCUAAGCUUGAGAAGAAAAAUAAGCUGGACACGAAAAAGAAAAGUAAACCACCGAAAACUUCGACCAAGAAAAGUGAGAAAGUGACAAAACAGAAGCCAACGAGUAAGACGGAACCCAAGAAGAAAAGUGAAAAUAAAAGUGAAAGUAAAAAAGUAGAAAAAACAAAAGAAUCGGCUACAGAAAAAACUGUUAAGAAACAAGCAGAAAAGAAAGAAAAGCAAAAAAAGGCAACCAAAAUUGCAAAAGGUUUACAGACUCCUUCCAAAAAGAAAGCCGCCAUGAUGAAAAGAAAAAGUAUUGGAUCAAUCAUAAAACCACCGAAAAUGAAACCUAAAGCCAAGGCUUAAGAUUGUAAAUACUAUUGACAAAUAAUAAUUAUAACGGAUAUGAUGAUUUCUGUACAUUUUAUAUUAAUU